GGCAUUUAAAUCUGCUGCAGUGAAGAAGCCGGGGAACCUGUGGUCAUCCGAAAUUCCACCCAGCAGUAGGAUUAGCCGUUUUAUUACAUCUGUUUUUUAUUUUUUAUCUAAAGACAAUACUGUGCUUUUAGUCAGUGUAUUGUGGGUUCAUUGAAAAACAAAACGCUGCGGUAUUCAAAUGUAAGAGACCAUAUUUUGAUAGCUAGCUACGGGUAUCAUCUUUGGGAUUCCUCUAACGUAGCAGUUUGAAUGAAAAGAUUGCGUUAGCCACCUAAAAGCGAUGAAUAUCUGCUUGUAAAUAGGAGUAUCAGUCGUUUGUGUGUUUGAAGAACACUACCUAAAUUUCGUCUGAAUGCAUUUUUGCUCUUGCUUGGCCUUAAAAGACAUAGAAAGAAGACGCUUCUAAUGAAGAGAAUGUAUAAUACAAGAUGUUAUGAAAUUAAAUGAAAACCCUGUAGGAAUCUACGUCUGCUAAAGCGAUUGCAAAGGGAAAAAAUACGUUUCAUUAUUUUAAUACUCCAAAGGCUUUAACUGACAGACCUCUUCUUUCAAAACACUUUGAGCUUCACAUCUUUAGAGAGUAUAAGGUUAUCGAAUAUCGACGUACAUCAUGUUCAGCUGGUUGGGUACCGAUGACAGGAGGAAGAAGGAUCCCGAGGUCUUUCAGACAGUCAGCGAUGGACUCAAGAAGCUGUACAAAACCAAGCUGUUGCCCUUGGAAGAGCACUACAAAUUCCACGAGUUCCACUCACCCGCCUUAGAGGAUGCUGACUUCGAUAACAAGCCGAUGGUACUGCUUGUGGGCCAGUAUUCAACCGGAAAGACCAGCUUCAUACGGUACCUCCUGGAGCAGGAUUUCCCCGGCAUGCGGAUUGGACCAGAACCCACAACCGACUCAUUCAUUGCAGUGAUGCACGGUGAAGUGGAGGGGCUCGUCCCAGGGAAUGCUCUGGUGGUGGACCCCAAGAAGCCCUUCAGAAAGCUCAAUGCAUUUGGCAAUGCCUUUCUGAACAGGUUUGUGUGCGCCCAGCUGCCCAACCCUGUGCUGGAGAGCAUUAGUGUCAUUGACACACCAGGGAUCCUGUCCGGAGAAAAGCAGCGAAUCAGCAGAGGCUAUGACUUUGCGGCAGUGCUGGAGUGGUUCGCCGAGCGGGUGGACCGCAUCAUCCUGCUGUUCGACGCCCACAAGCUUGAUAUCUCAGACGAAUUCUCUGAGGUCAUCAAGGCCCUGAAGAACCACGAGGACAAGAUCCGCGUGGUGCUGAACAAGGCCGACCAGAUCGAGACCCAGCAGCUGAUGCGGGUCUACGGCGCACUCAUGUGGUCGCUGGGCAAGAUCGUCAACACGCCCGAGGUGAUCCGGGUGUACAUCGGCUCCUUCUGGUCGCACCCACUGCUCAUUCCCGACAACCGCAAGCUGUUUGAGGCCGAGGAGCAGGACCUAUUCAAGGACAUCCAGUCCCUGCCCCGCAACGCUGCCCUCAGGAAGCUCAACGACCUCAUUAAGAGGGCAAGGCUGGCCAAGGUCCACGCCUACAUCAUCAGCUCGCUGAAGAAGGAAAUGCCCUCUGUCUUUGGAAAGGAGAAUAAGAAGAAAGAGCUGAUCAACAGUCUGGGGGACAUCUACGCCCGCAUCGAGAGGGAGCACCAGAUUUCUCCAGGAGACUUCCCCAAUGUCAAGAAGAUGCAGGAGCAGCUCCAGGCCCACGACCUUAACAAGUUCCAGCCGCUGAAGAUGAAGCUGCUGGACACGGUGGACGACAUGCUGGCCCAUGACAUCGCCCAGCUCAUGGUGCUGGUGAGGCAGGAGGAGACCCAGCGGCCAAACCAGGUGGUGAAGGGCGGGGCCUUCGACGGCACAAUGAACGGGCCCUUCGGCCACGGCUACGGGGAGGGUGCUGGCGAAGGCAUCGACGAGGUGGAGUGGGUGGUGGCACGCGACAAACCCAUGUACGACGAGAUCUUCUACACCCUCUCACCCGUCAACGGCAAGGUGACGGGCGCCAACGCCAAGAAGGAGAUGGUGAAGUCCAAGCUGCCCAACACCGUGCUGGGCAAGAUCUGGAAGCUGGCAGACAUUGACAAGGACGGCAUGCUGGACGAUGAGGAGUUUGCCCUGGCCAACCACCUCAUCAAGGUCAAACUGGAGGGUCACGAGCUGCCCAGCGACCUCCCUCCACACCUGGUGCCCCCCUCCAAGAGGAAAAUCCCAGAAUAAAAUGCAGAGCAGUCAUGGGUGGGUGGUGUUUGGGCAGGGAGGGAUGGUGGGUGGGCAUAAAAAGGAAGAGGAAGAGGAAUUGGAAUGGGCAACCAGGUUUCAACAGGAAACAAAGAAAGAUCAUAAAUGUUUAUGACUUUGUAGCUAUGAGUGGGAGCAAGGGACUGUGAAUGUCUGCUUGCUGUUUUUGCUGUUCUUUUUAGUUUCUGUUUUUAAAUGAACCAGUCCUGCUGACUGAGGAAAAGUUCAUUUAGGGUAACGCUGUUAGGGGACUGGCCUCACACAUCUGCACGUCAUGAGUUCAGCUGGUCAACAGUGGGGUUUUGCCAUUAGCUGGCUUAACAUAAAAAAGAUGUGAUAUCAUUGUAGACAACUACUGUUAAAAUAGCUUCUUCUGUUUUUUUCUUUUGUUUGUCAAACCUGAACUGUCAUAGUAUCCUCUCAUGGGAGAAAUGAGGCAUGCUUCAAGGAAAAAAAGAAGAAAAUGUCAAGCUUCAGUCUUACUACUUCUUGUACUGGUAGAUAUUAUCCUACAUAGAAACUGUAUUGGAAUAAUGUACUGAUAUGAACCCUUUUUAUAAGUAGGUCUAGUGAGAUUUUCUUCUUGUGAACAGGCAGCAUCGUGAUCAAUGCAAGCCCUUUCUAGCCUGACCAAGAGACUGUUAAAAUGUACAGCCGUCAUGUCGGAAAUUUUCGAGAGUUGAGACUUUUAAAUGUUUAGUGUUUGAAAUUGACAUUAGAGCUAGUAUCCCUGUCUGCUGAUUGUGGUAAUGCCUAUUUAACCUGUUACAAUUACGUAGAGUACUUACAGAAUUCAAAUCAAGUUAGCUGGAUGGAAGAGAGACCCAGGGUUCUAAAGAGAGAGGUUAAAGGAAACCCUCUGCUUGCAUUUGUAUGUUAGUCUGGCUUUCAUGGGACGUCAAACUAUUGCUUUGCAGUACUUGUGUUGAGCUACACUUAUUGGAUAUUUGCUUAAUUAAAAAGGAAGGUUUCUAAUCACACAGGAGCUUAUUUGAGACUGAUCAUUCCUUUCAGUAUUUGUAAAGUAGUCAUAUUGUUUGGGCACAGUAACUGUCCAGAAGAGGAGGUUUUAUUUUAAACUAACAUACAUACUUAAAAGGUGUUUUAAAUAAUUAUAUUGAGCCUUUGGCUUUUGUGACUUGUGCGUGAAAUCUGGUCUUCAUUAUAUCGUUCAGUCAGUGACGUGGGGUCUGCUCCAUGUGUAUUUGUGAAAGCAACUGAAAUGUGUUUAUUUGCUGAAUUCUAUUUGUGAUUCAAAAGAUUCCAGCCUCAAUCCAGUCGCUGGUAGGUGUGACAGGUGAAGAGAGCAUGUUUGAUACUAAGGUGGUCUAAAUGUAAAUGGUGACCUUGCUUUAGAACAAGACUGAGAUGUGGAUGUUCGAGAGGAUCAUGAGAGAUGCAGUCCUUCCUUUCUUUUGCUCACUGCUGUGUUUCAUAGCAUUGUGUUUCUGAUAGUCCUGUGUUAGUCAAGAUUGUGCUGAAAUUAACUUGCAUAGGCCUUGUUGUAUUACCAAAGGGAUAUGAAAACUGGUAAAGGUAACAGAGAAAGUGUACAGAGUUGCAGUGAUCUGCUGCUUGCAGUGGUCUUAUAGUCUUUAUGUUGGUCCAGAGGCAAGCAUGUCUUCCUGAGAUGUUUGGGGAAGUCUGUAAUACAGCUGUGACUGAGUGGAGCUGUGAAUGACCUCCCACAUGUGUACAGUCUGUUCGCCUACAGGUUCAUCUAUGCUAAUACAUUUGAGUGAACAGACUUUACUGUCAGUGUUUUUCCUCAUUAGACAUUUUACCUUUUGGUGGAGAAGUGUUCAAUGUCCUGUCAAGUGCUUCUCAGUGUUAAGAUAAUUGAACAGAUAUCGCAGACCAACUGAUUUUUUUUUUUUUUUAAACUGUUGGCAGUUGUGUAGCUGAAGUGAGUGUAGCCUGAGCCAUGAAUUUAAUCAUUGACCAUGUACAGGACCAUAUUGUCACAUUCCUCAGUCCAGAAUGCAGUAAUUCCUGUUUGUUUUCCUAUUGCCAAAGCUCCAUCAAAAAGUUUUUUUUUUCCCCCUAAAAUUUAUGCUUUAGAAAUAAAAGAAAUGUUCAUAUGGAAGUGCUGUGUGUAGUCGAGCUGGAUACAAAUCACUGUCCAUAAUCUGUAUAAUCUGUAUUUAUCCAAUUAUGACAUAUUGUAUCUCACCUUUGAUUUAUUAUGGAGGUUGAAUUUAAUAUUGCACUGUCUCCUUCCUUAGUGGAAUGACAGAGUGUCUGAUUAGUAGUGGGGUGGAAUACACAGGAGUGGUUCCCGUGACACAUAUCAGAACUUCCACGAGCAUUAGAGCAGAUAGAUGGCCGUGCUCUGGGACGCCUGUGGCUUGCAUUAUUUAUAACUAACAGUGCUGUCUGUCAGGCCCUGGUCUGCAUUGCCUAGUUUCUCUCAGCCUCAUUUCUGUUUAUGUGUUUAACAAGACGUGUGUUGGAAGCAAAGUGACUGUAUGCUCCUUGUAACUUCCCCCUGGAUGGUGAGAAUUCAGACAAUGAAACAUUCCUUGAAUUUGGGAGCCCAUCUUUCAGAACUAAAUAAACUCCUGUUCAUUUAAACUUAUAUGGUGUGCUUGCUUGGGUCCUUUCCAGAGCAU